AUGGGUGGCGAGAGGCGAACGACCUUUGGAGACCCAUCUGGAUGGGCGUUCGAGGCGAGUAGAAGGCGUGCGUCGCGAUUGGAUGGGUGGCGCAGCGCGUGCCAUGCAUGGGGACGCACAGCACCUGGGUCGGAGUCUGCUGAGAAGCGCCUGCUGCCAUCUCUUCCUAGUUCCCACUGCUGUCGAGUGCCUCUCUUCCGCUGCCCCUUCCCUCCUCACCUGCCCUUCUGUUCUACUAAAUCGUCCUUUGGGGACGCUUCGGCCACUCCACCAGUUGUUUGCCGCUCUGCUAUCGUCCUCCGCUCCGCUAGUUGUUCUUCCCUCUGCUAUCAUCCUGUGAGCCCUGUCCUACCCACGCAGGAGUGCCUGCGUUUUCCAGUCUGCGGUGAAAAAAGGCAAUUGAACGCAGGGAUUGUGGUCAAAGAGGCGGUGCUGGCAGCAGUGAGAGAGGAGCUGGCUGCACACAAGGAGGAGGUGAAUGAGCUCCGGCACACGUUGAAUGCUGUGGUGGAGAGGAAUGAGGCGACUGCUGCUGUGAUGAAGGAGAGGGAGGGAGACUUGGCAGCAGUGAGGAGGGAGUUAAUUUUAGUGAAGAGGGAGUUCACCUCAGUGAAGGGGGAGCUGGCAAGAGUGAAGACCGGAGUGAAGGCGACCGGAGAAAGGCAUUGGAGGCAAUUACCGCAGCAUCACAAACGACCCUGUUGA